AUGGGCUUUUGCCUCCAAAUACACAAGUCCGAUACAACUAUAGAGGUGUUCAACACAUGGGAGUCAUCGACUCCAAUGGCGAGAUACAUACAACGGAAGGGAAGGUCUUUAUCAAUCCUACGCACUGGACGAGGACAAUCAGUGGAAACAACUGCAGUGGCUGGGGCACGGUUCGGGUCACCAACGAGAGAUUACCUGCUAAAAGUCAACGGGACUAUAAAGCCAAAGAAAAAAACAGAGGAUGACUCUGACCGUGCCAAUAACAACAACAGCAGUAAUCAAGCAAUGUCCGAUGAUUCUUCCAACUAUGAUACCGAUGGUCAUACUCCUUCUUCUGAUCCACCUUCCAACAAUAAUAAUGAGAAUAAUAAUAAGAAUAACAAACAAACUAAAAAGAAAAAGAAAUCAAAUAAGAAUAAAGCUGAUAAAACAACAACUACUACAACUACAACAAAUAAUAGUAGUAAUAAACAACCAGUUCAACAACAACUGGAACAUGUUCAACAACAUUUAGAACAUCAACAAUCAAUACAACAAGAAGAAGGAGAUCAAGAUAUUGAUCAACACCAACAACAAAUCCAAGAUCAACAACCAACAAUUAAUUCCAGUUAUUAUCAUCAACCUCAUUAUUUAAAUCAAGGAAACAACUCCAACUUGAUUCCUCUUCCAUUGUCACUACCACAUUUUUCAAAUCAAAUCCAACAUUUUCCACCGGGAUAUCCACAACCCAUCACAACUGCACCUGGAUAUCUAAUGGAUGGCAGUGGAGCAGGCUUUUCCUAUGGCUCAUCUGGACAACCACCCAUACCCUCACUGCCCUUCCAAUCUUCCAAUGCCGCCAACCUUGAUCCAAUUCACUACAAUCAAUCACCAUCCACUUCAUCCGAUGAUAUGAAUAUCAACUCCAAUGGAAACAAUCAUAAUAACAACAGUAACAAUAGUAAUAACCAUCAUGACAACAACAACAACAAUAACAACAAUAACAGCAACAGUAGUAAUAAUAGUACGAAUUCCAACCAAAGCAAUAACAAUAACAGCAGUAAUAAUCAUCAUCAUCAUCAACAACAUAGCAAUAUCAACAACAAGUAUACCAAAUCACAUAAAAACAAAUUUUUAAACCUGUAUCAUGCUUCACCAGUACCAGUUCCACAUCAUCAUCUCCAUGUGCAUCAUCCAGCGGAGCCUGGAGUACCAUCACAUUUUUCGCCGGCGGUUGGUGGUGGCGAUGGCCAAGGAAUGAUCGAGUACUGUAGUUACUCGAUGGAUCCGAACCACGCACCCAAUCAAAUCCCAUUGACACCUUUCACACCAACCAUCCAACUUCCAUAUAUAUUUCAAAGUCCAAUGUAUAGUUUGCCAAAUAUAACACCUCAGAGUAUUGAGAGUGCCAUCGAUGAAAAAUCAGACAACUCCAAUCACUCUUCCUCAUCCGAUCACAAUCCUCGUCACAACCACAACAACAGCAAUACUCAUUCCAACAUACCCUCACCCAUACCAAUGUUUACUAGUAAAUAUCCAACCUCACCCUAUCAACAACACUAUGCAUCGCCUCACCAACAACAUCCAGACAACUCUCCAUAUCAACCAUCACCUCACUCACCAUCGACACCGAAAUCAUCACAUAGUCCAAUGAACAACUUUGACCAACAACAACAAGCAGACAACAACAACAGCAGCAACAAUGGAAACAGUAGUAGUAGUAGUCUCAGUAACGUUGCAGGUUUAAGAAAAAUGAUAAAGGUUGACGACAUCAACUUUAACAAUAACAGCAACAACAAGAGAAAACAACUGUCACCAAUCAUUACAAGUGUCAGUCUUUUAGGUUCAGCUCCACAACAACAUCAACAACAAUCUAUUGACAAAAAAAAAACAAAGUCACAUAAAGAGAAUUGCAAUUCAUCACCAACGGAAUCUUCCAACAGUUCGUUUCCGAUGAACAACAACAACAAAAAGUCAGAGAAAAAGUCAAAGCAAAAGGACAACAGCCGUAGUUCUCAUGGAUUAACUGUGAAUGUUCACGGACGUGGAGCACACAACGGAAGCAGUGCAAGCAGCUCGGACGGCAGCACUCCACACUCACCGAUCGAUCCCAACCACAUCAUCCAGCAGAUCCAGCUGCAUCACCACCACCAACAGAUCCUCGAGGAACAGAAAAAGCAUCUCAUAAUGGAGAUGCAUAACUAUCAACAGGGUAUUAUCUCCUCACCUAAAAUGUACGGUAGUGAAGUCGGUAGUAGUAGCGGUAGUAGUUAUCCACCACAUCCACAUCAUUAUCCACCACAUCAUAUGUCUCCACAUCAUUAUUCUCCACAUCAUCUGCUGUCACCACAUAUGCAUCAUCCUCAUGCUCAUCCUCACCAUCCAAUGUCACAUGCACAUGCACAUGCACCGCCACCACCAUAUCCCAUGCUCUCUUACUCCUACGAACCAGUUCCUCCUCAUCAAUCACCACAUCACUUCAAUCAUCAUCAACAAUAUCAACAACAACAUCAACAAAAUCAAAUUCAAUCACCAUCACCACCAACACCUCAACAACAACAUCAACAACUACAAUCACCUCAUGAUAAUUAUCAAUAUCAUCAUCAACAGCAACAAGAACAUGAAGAAGGAGAAGAAGAGCAUGAACUUAGUAGUAGUAACGGUGGUAUCGAUCCAAUGCUCACGGAGAAUUCAUCAUCAUCAUCUCCAAAUAUGAAGCACGGUUAUUCAAAUAUAACCAACGUUUUCGAUCACGAUCAUCACAAAUCACGAUCGGAUAUCUAUUUAAAUGAAAAUUCCACCUCAUCAGAUGGAAGUGCACCCAUCGAGCAAUUGGAUCUCAAUGGCUAUAACAACAACAACAGCAGCAGCAGCAGCAGUAACACCACUAGUACCACCAACACCACCACCACUCCCAAUAACUCGAAAUACCCACAUACCAACGGUCAUCACAUCGUCGACAUGAAUCACCAUUUCUACAAUGAAGGUGUUAGAGUUAAUAUGACAUAA